GGUGAUUACUGUCACUGGUCGAGAGUCUCGACGAUCCACAGACAGUUAUUUUUAGAAUCAGAUAAACCUAUUGCUGGAUAAGUAGGCUAAUCUAUUCUUUAUGCAGCAUUGGGCUGUUUACUAGAUCAUGCACUGAUACCAAGACAGUCAGUCAGGUCAAAUAUUUAGAACUAGGCUAUUGGGGAAAGGACAACGCCUCUAGAUCUGUUUAGCAAACGGUCACUCGUUUGGCUUUGAAUCGUUUUCCGGGAUUUAACCAGACCGCAGCUGUCUGUCACAACAAAGAUGGAGGAGAAAGCUAGCUAGCUAGCACUGUACAUCUCCGAGGACCUUAAGCUAAAAACAAAAUUGACCAGUUUCUCUACUAAUUGUAUUUUUGAUAUCGUGAUUUUCAAGAUGGAUACUGCCGUAUUUCCCGAGGAUGUCGUUGUAAAAAAGGUUUCCAUCGUUGGAUCGGAGCUCGUGGAGAAUUACACUGUGUACGUCAUUGAGGUGACAGUCAGGGAUCACAGAUGGACCAUCAAGCAUCGCUACAGUGAUUUCCAUGAUUUGCAUGAGAAACUGACAGCUGAGAAGAAGAUAGAGAAACAUUUACUGCCGCCUAAGAAGAUGAUCGGUAAAAACUCCAAAAGCCUGGUAGAGAAACGUCAGAAGGAGCUGGAAGUCUACCUACAAACACUGCUUGUCAGAUUCCCUACAGCUGCCCCUAAAGUCCUCUCCUACUUUCUGCACUUCCACCAAUAUGAAAUGAAUGGAAUCACAGCCGCUCUGGCAGAGGAGCUGUUCCAUAAGGGAGAGCAGUUGCUGGUGGCUGGUGAGGUGUUCACAUUGUGUCCCCUCCAACUGUAUGCCAUCACUCAGCAGCUGAAGCUGGCCAAACCUACCUGCUCUAAUGGUGACGCCAAGGCAGACCUGGGACACAUUCUGGACUUCACCUGCAGACUCAAAUACCUCAAGAUCACAGGCACCAGAGGAGAGGUGGGGACCAGUAACAUCCAGGAAGACAGCCUCACGUUUGACCUUUCAGUCUUUAAAGCUCUCCUACAGAUAGAGAUAAGUGAGUGCAACUCGGCCCAGAUCAUGGGACUGCCUUCUCUGAAACCCUGUCUGGUCACGCUGAGUGUCCACCACACUGCAGCAUCCAUGAUGGAUGUGCUGGUUCCGGAGGCGUGUGAGUCCCCUCAGUGGGUAGCAGAGGGAGCGCUUUCAGACUGUCCCGUCACCACCAUCAUCCCUACCUGGAAGACUCUCACCACUCUGGACAUGAGCCACAACCACAUAGGCUGCAUAGACAACUCAGUGAAAUUGAUACCAAAAGUAGAAUUCUUAGAUCUUAGUUCCAAUGAGCUCUCUACGGUGGAAAACCUUCAGCACCUGUACAACCUGAUCCACUUGGACCUUUCUUACAACAUUUUGACAGUGUUAGAGGGGGCCCACACCAAACUGGGUAACAUCAAGACCCUCAACCUGGCAGGCAACCAGCUAGACAGUCUCGCAGGCCUCACUAAACUAUACUCUCUAGUCAACCUGGACCUCAGCUCCAACAAGCUAGGACAGCUGGAGGAGAUCAGGUACAUAGGAACGCUGCCCUGCCUGGAGAAGCUGAUCCUGUCUAACAACCCCAUGUGUAUCAUCCCGGACUACAGAACCAAGGUGCUGGCUCAGUUCUGGGACCGCGCCUCAGAGGUAUGCUUGGACAGCACUGCGCCGACAGAGAAAGAGCUGGACACUGUGGAGGUGUUGAAAGCUAUUCAGAAAGCCAAAGAAUCUAAAGACCGAAUGGCCAACAACAACGAGAAGAAGAUCAGUGAGGACUCCAGGCUGUCUGGUGGUGGAUCUUCCAUCUCCUCCUCUGUCGCUGCCGCCUCUUCCUCUUCCUCUCUCCUCUCCUCAGCCUUAGCCCCAGCCUGCUCCAGCCAAGAAGUGAUAUGUAAAGAAGAAGCCUUUGUUACCCCUACAAUAUUGACUCCUGUGGAUUUUAUUGUACUUGAUACCCAGCGAUGCUAUGAUGAUGUAAACACUCUGCCUUGUGAGGAACAACUACAGGUUACCAGCCACCAGCCGGAUGAUGAUUCUAGUUCUUUUAAACACUCCAGUACCCAACAGAACCAGAUCCAUGGGAACAGUAGCUGCUGCUGCUGCUGUGUGGAGGACAGAGAGGAGAGAUACACGUGGAGCAGCACUAACCCGAGGACUCCUGUGCUCCCCCUCCACCUCCCCUCCUCCACCUCCUCCUGUCCGUCCUUCACCUCCCUGCUGUCUGCCCGCAUCACCAGAGCCCUGGCAGAGGAGGACAGGAGGCCCAGCAGACUCAGAGAUCUUCCCAGCCAGGAAGAGACUGAUCUGGGCAGCCCCAGCCCCAGUCCCAGCCCUUCCUCUGGAGAUGGAUACUUUGAGAUGGGUCUGGGGGAGGGAAAGGAGAGGGAGGGAGAGGAGGGGUCCCUGACUGACCAGGUAGAGGGAGAGAACCAGGCCCCAGAGACAGAGGUGUUACGUGUGAUUAAAGUCAUGUGGUGUCACUGCAUCAGGGUUGAUGAUGUGGUGGAGCAGAGGUCAGUGUGUGUGGUGCUAACAAACAGUCUACUGGGGUUGUUCCACUGUCCUAGUCACCCCUCUACAGCCCCAACCCAUCAACCCCAGAGCCAACCUCACGACCUUGGCUCAGUCACAGUCCAGACCCAGUGCCUAACCCUACAGACCCUAGUAGAUAACCUGGAGCCAGACUUUGUCCUUCCCUACGACCAGCUAGACUCUCUCCUCUUCUACAUCCCAGACACUUGCCUUUCCCUGAGGGUGAGGUCCUCUGACGUCCGCUGGUACCUCUUCUCAGACCCCCGGGGUUUAAAGGAGACCCACUCCCUGCUCUGCUCCCUGGCCCAGCUCCCGUCCUCCCCGUCAGGAGGACCCUCCACCCCGCAGCAGCUCCUCCACCUGCUCUUCGCCUCCUGGGAGUUUGAAGAGAACCAGGGCUGUGUGAAAGGCGGUUAUGCAGCACAUCUAGUGGUGACGGCCAUGUUGGCGUCCCAGACCAGCCAGCAGACAACCACCUCAACAAACCCAACUGUCCCUCCUAUGAAGACCUCUACUAACCCCAACACCUUCAACCUCCAAACUCUAGCCAAUCCCCUUCUCUCUGACAUCCUAUCCCACGUAGUUCCAGGAGGGGACAGAGACUCCUCCUGCUGUGUCCCCUGUGUCCUGUUUUUGACCCAGCGGCAUCUCUGUGUGCUGAAGGUGGACUUCAAAGCUCUGGCCCGGGGAACCAUCAGAGACGAACAACCGUCAGACAACCUCAACCAGAGGCUUCGCUCCUGCUCCAGGCUCACCCGUAUCCCCCUGGCCUCUGUGCUGCCCCACCCCAGGCCGAGUGCCCUGUAUGGGGCUGGGUCUAGGUCGGGGUCUAUCCCUGCCUACUCUCCCAGCUGCCCCCUGCCCUGGCACCAGCGCUCCCCCAGAGACGGCCGUGUCAUGGAGCUCCUAGUGGGUCAGGAGAGGGUCACGGCGGUGUUCCCCUUGCCUCACGACAGGCUCCGCUUCCAGAGACAGUUCACCCUGCUGCGCUCCAGCCUCAGGGACAUCAAGACUGUGGCUUUCCUGCAGGGUGGGAACGAACAUAGCCACAGUGACGAGGACAGUCCCAGGACGAUAAACAUAUACACGUCCACUCCCAAUGAGACCAAGAGCACAGACAGGCUGCAGGUUAACAGCCCUCGGGGUGCUCAGCGCCCUCGGCCAUCGCUGUCCCUGUCCUACCCAACAGACAUCCUGGUGGAGAAGCUGACUGGAGACAACCAGGUCCCAUCCCACCUGUCCCUGUCCCCAGCCCUGUCCCUCGUCUCUGGGCUUCGGGGACACCAGCUGCUGGGGUUCUUCCACACAAACAUUGCAGAGGAAGAGAAGGAGGAGCUGCAUCACAUCCUGUGGUCAUCGGUGGUUUUUUAUAAGUCACCUGACGUCGAGGCCACUUCCUGUAUCAUGCUCUCUACUAAAGCUCUCUACUUCCUGCUGGAUGACUCCGCCUCCACGCUCAACGACCAAUCACUACUGUGGGACUGGAGCCACUGUGACCAUCAGGACCCAGAGCUGAUCAUGUCUUACUGUCUCACCAUCGACCUCCACGACCUCCACUCUGUCAACGUGGGCCUGUUCGACCAGUACUUCAGGGUGGUGGGGCCGUCGGCGAACCACAUCAUCUGUUGUCUGACGAGGGACAGUUACGGGACACAUCGCUUCCUACAGCAGCUGAUGACGGUCCUCUCUCUACAGGACAAACUACCCUCUCCUGAACCCUCCGAACAAGACUUCUACUCGCAGUUUGGAAAUAAAUCCAAAGGUAAGAUGGAGAACUAUGAACUGGUCCACUCUAGCAGGGUAAAGUUCAUCUACCCCAGUGAAGAAGAGAUUGGAGACCUGACCUUUAUCGUAGCCGAGAGGAAAGGUCCUUUUGGGGCGGCGUCCUCCUGCAAUAUCCUGCUCUACGUACUGGUCUUCCAGGUGCAGACCCAGGGGCUAGGUUUCUCACAGGGCCUCCAUGUGCUCCCACAGACCCAGGCCCCAGCUGCAGACAGACAGACUUCCACCGGGGGUCUGCAGGGGGAUAGAAAGUCUCACCUCCACCCCCAGAGCCCGGUCUCUGCUAGCCAGCCUCGUCUUCACCCCUACCCUCAGGCUCCAGGCCCAGCGCCCUCCAUCAGGCCCCAUAUCCCCCAACAGAGCCUGCCUCCCCAGGCUCCCUCCACCCCAAGGCCUGUCCUCCAUCCUAAGACUCUGAUCCUGACCAGUACAGACGUUUUCCUGCUGGAUGAGGAUUAUAUCAGCUACCCGCUGCCGGACUUUGCCAAGGAGCCCCCUCCCCGAGAUAAGUACCAACUGACCGACGCUCGACGAAUAAGAGACCUGGAUAGAGUCCUCAUGGGUUACCAGACGUACCCGCAGGCCCUGACGUUAGUCUUCGACGAUGUCCCUGGGCCAGACCUCCUCUGUCAGCUUACCAUGGACCACUUUGGAGAAGAGGAGAGGGGAGGAGGAGGAGGAGGAGGAGGAGGAGGAGGAGGAGGAGGAGGGGAGAAAGGGAGGAGGAGGAGAUGUGGGGGAACAGAGAACGAGGUACUGUGGUGUAUCUAUGUCCCCGGAGCAGACAGCAGGGAGAGGCUGAUAUGUCUGUUAGCGAGACAGUGGGAAGUGCUGUGUAGUAGGGAGCUGCCUGUAGAACUCACUGGCUGACUGGUUCUUCUGCCUGUAGAACUCACUGGCUGACUGGUUCUUCUGCCUGUAGAACUCACUGGCUGACUGGUUCUUCUGUCUGUAGAACUCACUGGCUGACUGGUUCUUCUGUCUGUAGAACUCACUGGCUGACUGGUUCUUCUGCCUGUAGAACUCACUGGCCGACUGACUGGUUAUUCUGCCUGUAGAACUCACUGGCUGACUGGUUCUUCUGCCUGUAGAACUCACUGGCUGACUGGUUAUUCUGCCUGUAGAACUCCCUGGCUGACUGGUUCUUCUUCCUGUAGAACUAACUGGUUGACUGGCUGGUUCUUCUGCCUGUAGAACUCACUGGCUGGCUGACUGGUUAUUCUGCCUGUAGAACUAUGUGGCUGGCUGGUUAUUCCGCCUGUAGAACUAACUGACUGGCUGGUUCUUCUGCCUGUAGAAGUCACUGGUUGGCUGACUGGUUCUUCUGCCGGUGUGACUGACUGGUUGUUCUGCCUGACUGGUUCUUCUGCCGGUAGAACUCACUGGCUGGCUGACUGGUUCUUCUGCCGGUAGAACUCCCUAGCUGACUGACUGGUUCUUCUGCCGGUAGAACUCCCUGGCUGACUGACUGGUUCUUCUGCCGGUAGAACUCCCUAGCUGACUGACUGGUUCUUCUGUCUGUAGAACUCCCUGGCUGACUGACUGGUUCUUCUGCCGGUAGAACUCCCUAGCUGACUGACUGGUUCUUCUGCCGGUAGAACUCCCUGGCUGACUGACUGGUUCUUCUGCCGGUAGAACUCCCUAGCUGCCUGACUGGUUCUUCUGUCUGUAGAACUCCCUGGCUGACUGACUGGUUCUUCUUCCAGGAGGUUUAAAGCACGUCUCUACGCUGACCCUUUUUACAAGGACCAUGUGUGCACCUGCCGAAAAAUGUUGGCGGCACACAAAGAAAUGUAGGAGCACAAUGAAAAAUAUUUGAGAUAUUAAAGCUAUAAUCACACAGCUAAAUAUAUAGACAUAUAUACGAGUAAAAUGGUGGCACUGUUGAGCCCUGCGGUUUUCAAACCAACGUUCACAGGCUGGAGGAUGGACUACGUUACCAUAACCCGCCUUCACAGGCUGGAGGAUGGACUACAUUACCAUAACCUGCCUUCACAGGCUGGAGGAUGGACUACGUUACCAUAACCCGCCUUCACAGGCUGGAGGAUGGACUACGUUACCAUAACCCGCCUUCACAGGCUGGAGGAUGGACUACAUUACCAUAACCUGCCUUCACAGGCUGGAGGAUGGACUACGUUACCAUAACCCGCCUUCACAGGCUGGAGGAUGGACUACGUUACCAUAACCCGCCUUCACAGGCUGGAGGAUGGACUACGUUACCAUAACCCGCCUUCACAGGCUGGAGGAUGGACUACGUUACCAUAACCGCCUUCACAGGCUGGAGGAUGGACUACGUUACCAUAACCGCCUUCACAGGCUGGAGGAUGGACUACGUUACCAUAACACGCCUUCACAGGCUGGAGGAUGGACUACGUUACCAUAACCGCCUUCACAGGCUGGAGGAUGGACUACGUUACCAUAACCGCCUUCACAGGCUGACGGAUGGACUACGUUACCAUAACCUGCCUUCACAGGCUGGAGGAUGGACUACGUUACCAUAACCCGCCUUCACAGGCUGGAGGAUGGACUACGUUACCAUAACCCGCCUUCACAGGCUGGAGGAUGGACUACGUUACCAUAACCCGCCUUCACAGGCUGGCGGAGGGACUGCGUUACCAUAACCCGCCUUCACAGGCUGACGGAUGGACUACGUUACCAUAACCUGCCUUCACAGGCUGGAGGAUGGACUACGUUACCAUAACCCGCCUUCACAGGCUGGAGGAUGGACUACGUUACCAUAACCCGCCUUCACAGGCUGGCGGAUGGACUGCGUUACCAUAACCGCCUUCACAGGCUGACGGAUGGACUACGUUACCAUAACCUGCCUUCACAGGCUGGAGGAUGGACUACGUUACCAUAACCGCCUUCACAGGCUGGAGGAUGGACUACGUUACCAUAACCCGCCUUCACAGGCUGGAGGAUGGACUACGUUACCAUAACCUGCCUUCACAGGAUGGAGGAUGGACUACGUUACCAUAACCGCCUUCACAGGCUGGAGGAUGGACUACGUUACCAUAACCGCCUUCACAGGCUGGAGGAUGGACUACGUUACCAUAACCCGCCUUCACAGGCUGGAGGAUGGACUACGUUACCAUAACCGCCUUCACAGGCUGACGGAUGGACUACGUUACCAUAACCCGCCUUCACAGGCUGGCGGAGGGACUGCGUUACCAUAACCCGCCUUCACAGGCUGACGGAUGGACUACGUUACCAUAACCUGCCUUCACAGGCUGGAGGAUGGACUACGUUACCAUAACCCGCCUUCACAGGCUGGAGGAUGGACUACGUUACCAUAACCGCCUUCACAGGCUGGAGGAUGGACUACGUUACCAUAACCCGCCUUCACAGGCUGGAGGAUGGACUACGUUACCAUAACCCGCCUUCACAGGCUGGAGGAUGGACUACGUUACCAUAACCCGCCUUCACAGGCUGGAGGAUGGACUACGUUACCAUAACCCGCCUUCACAGGCUGGAGGAUGGACUACGUUACCAUAACCGCCUUCACAGGCUGGAGGAUGGACUACGUUACCAUAACCCGCCUUCACAGGCUGGAGGAUGGACUACGUUACCAUAACCCGCCUUCACAGGCUGGAGGAUGGACUACGUUACCAUAACCUGCCUUCACAGGCUGGAGGAUGGACUACGUUACCAUAACCUGCCUUCACAGGCUGGAGGAUGGACUACGUUACCAUAACAGCCUUCACAGGCUGGAGGAUGGACUACGUUACCAUAACCUGCCUUCACAGGCUGGAGGAUGGACUACGUUACCAUAACCCGCCUUCACAGACUGACGGUUGGACUACGUUACCAUAACCUGCCUUCACAGGCUGGAGGAUGGACUACGUUACCAUAACCUGCCUUCACAGGCUGGAGGAUGGACUACGUUACCAUAACAGCCUUCACAGGCUGGAGGAUGGACUACGUUACCAUAACCUGCCUUCACAGGCUGGAGGAUGGACUACGUUACCAUAACCCGCCUUCACAGACUGACGGUUGGACUACGUUACCAUAACCGCCUUCACAGACUGGCGGAUGGACUGCGUUACCAUAACCUGCCUUCACAGGCUGGAGGAUGGACUACGUUACCAUAACCUGCCUUCACAGGCUGGAGGAUGGACUACGUUACCAUAACCCGCCUUCACAGGCUGGAGGAUGGACUAACCAAACAAGACACAAGGGACAAACAGGGAAUCAAACCCCCCAAAGAUUCCUCUUCUUCUCCUCCUUCCCCUCUUCCUCCCCUGUUCCUCUUCCUCCUCCUCAAAGGAAGUUCUGUGAUGUUUCUUAUCGUUUAUAAUCCAAAUGCAUCCUGGGAAUUUGUACAGUCCACACAAGUGUGAUAUUUAUUUGUUAUCUUUGUACAUAGCCCCUCCCCCUACCCAUAGCUCCUCCCCCAACCCAUAGCUCCACCCCCAACCCAUAGUCGCUGAAGCACAUUUAUUAUGGAAUGAUACCAAUCUUAAAUAUUAUUUAGUAUUUAUCAAAAAUAAUAUAAUCAAUUUUUUUGUUUUUAAAUAUGAAAGUCUUAUUAUUGCUGGUCAUUUGUUUGUCUUCAGUUUCCCUUUCCUCCCCCAUGGCACCGUAACGCCUAUACACUGAGUGGACAAAGCAUUAGGAACACCUUGCUCUCAGAACAGCCUCAAUUGGUCAGGGCAUGGACUCUACAAGGUGUCGAAAGCGUUCCACAGGGAUGCUGGCCCAUGUUGACUAAGUUUUUAGAAAUGUUAUCAAAUUAAAUAAAUAUGAAAUACAGAAAUAUCUCAUUUACAUAAGUAUUUACACCCCUGAGUUAAUACAUGUUAGAAUCACCUUUGGAAGCGAUUACAGCUGUGAGUGUUUCUGGGUAAGUCUAAGAGCUGUGAGUGUUUCUGGGUAAGUCUAAGAGCUGUGAGUGUUUCUGGGUAAGUCUAAGAGCUUUCCACACCUGAAUUGUGCAACAUUUGUCCAUUUAAUCUUUUCAAAUAGGUUGUUGAUCAUUGCUAGACAACCAUUUUCAGGUCUUGCCAUAGAUUUUCAAGUAGAUUUAAGUCAAAACUUUAACUCGGCUUCUCGGGAACAUUCUAUUUCGUCAUGGUAAGCAACUCCAGUGUAGACGUGGCUUUGUGUUUUAGGUUAUUGUCCUGCUGAAAGGGGAAUUCAUCUCCCAGUGUCUGGUGGAAAGCAGACUGAACCUGGUUUUCCUCUAGGAUUUCUCCUGUCCUUAGCUCCAUUUCAUGUAUUUUUUAUCCUGAAAAACUUACCAGUCCUUAACGAUUACAAGCAUACCCAUAACAUGAUGCAGUGGUACUCAGUAAUGUGUUGUAUUUGUCCCAAACAUAACGCUUUGUAUUCAGGACAAAAAGUGAAUUGCUUUGCCACAUUUGUUUCAGUAUUACUUUAGUUCCUUGUUGCAAACAGGAUGCAUGUUUUGGAAUAUUGUUUAUUCUGUACCGGCUUCCUCCUUUUCACUCUGUCAUUUUUGUUUGUAUUGUGGAGUAACUACAAUGUUGUUGAUCCUUCCUCAGUUUCUAUCCUAUCACAGCCAUUAAACUCUGUAACUGUUUUAAAGUCA